AUGGAGACGGGAGUAGUUGAAGACAGAAACCAGGUGAUCCAGGAGCUGUUCUCGGGAUUGCAUCGUGUUAAUCGGAAGGCCAAAAUGGUGCUCGAGCUGCUAGGUUUCAGGUCGGCUGCCGCUUUGCCAGAGCACCUUCAUGCAGCAGUGUUGCAGGUGCUCCUUAUGGGGCCCGUCGUCGGCCCCUUCUGCCGGCGAUCGCUUUUACCGCUCGAAACUCGGGGAGCAGCGGCCGAGCCACUCCCGCUGAGGAGUGAGGGAUGUGUUAUUCAGUGCCUCUUUGCUGAUUGGCUCACAAAGACCAGCAAAUGGCUCAAAGUGCCUCGCUAUCGUUACGUCAUGCUUCUUUCAGUUGCACCUACGCCUGAACAGGAGGAAGGGCGACAACCGAUAACGAGGAACAACAGCACGAGCAAGCCGACCGCGUCGGUUGCGGAAGAAAUUCCUCAAGCACAGGGCGAACAGACUGAAUUCGCCGGAUUAAAGCAAAAGAAAAGGCACUGCCCUCAGUUGCUUCUUGUCACAUUUAAGGCCCCCCAGGGGCCCCUCAGCAACAGCGGUCAUGAGUCCGUUGACUUCAACGUCUUGCAAAAGGCUGAGCCAUCCGAGGUCUUUUCUAUCGACAGUACUCACGUAAGUUCCAUUAUGCUUCACCUUCAGGACUACCGCACUUUACCAGCGCAGGUCACUGUAUUGGGCAAAGCAUUUACAGGUGUGCCUACAUCCAUAACGUACAUUGGUGUGCACCUGCAUGUCUGCGCUUCCGUGGCGUUUCAGAGAGCUCUGUGCCAGCGCAUCCCAUGUGGAGAGGACACUCAGCUUGUCUUGGUUGUUGAAGGUUUGGGCGGCCGGCUUCUUAUCUUGGGGGAGUUUUCUCGCUCUGCAGCAUCGCUGUCUGUGCGGGAAUACCGUCGCAAAGUUGCAUUGGUGCAGCAUGAGUACCAGAUGUCGCGCCAGCACGCUUCGAGGGCCCUGAUGGACGAGCAUGGGCAGCUGUUUCCCCAGGCCCGCCGCUGGUUGGAUUCAACUGACGGGAAGCUGCUAAUGCUAUGCCUUACGGGCCGCAGUUGGAGGCCAACAGCCGGCCCGCGUAGCUAG